AUGAGGAGGAUCAAGAAAAGCCUUCUAGAUAGGAAAGUGGAUAUUGUGUUACUUCAAGAAACUAAGAAGCCAGCAGUGGACUCUGACUUGGUUAGAUCUAUGUGGCCUGGGGAUCAUUUUUAUUUCAUGGGUGUAGAUGCGAUUGGUCGAGCUAGAGGACUCUUAUGUAUUUGGAACCCUGAGAAUUUUUCCUUCAAACUUUGGGGACUUCCUAGAUUGUUGUCUGAUCACUGUCCUAUUAUCUUAAUGGAGGAUGAGAGGGACUGGGGUCCUAAACCCUUCAAGUUUCUUAAUGCUUGGUUUUUACAUCCAAAAUUCAUUUCCUUUGUUCAACAAAGUUGGUCAGAACUUGGUGUGACAGGGUGGGCAGGAUACAAGUGUCUUAUGAAGUUUAAAGUACUGAAACAGGCUCUUAAGAAGUGGAAUGUGGAGGUGUUUGGUAAGAUUGAAUUAAAACUGAAAAGUGUGGAAGAUGAGGCUCAUUCGCUAGAUUUGUUAGCUGAGGAGAGACCAUUACUUGAUACAGAAUUGAUUAGAAGAAAGGAAGUGAGGGGUGAAGUUUGGAAGUUAAGUAAAAUGUUGGAAUGGAUUUGGUUACAAAAAUCUCGAUUGACUUGGGCGGCUAAAGGGGAUAAAAAUACUAAGUUCUUCCAUAUAAUGGCAUGUAGCAGGAAUAGUAGGAAUUCUCUAUGUUCAUUACCAAUGAAUGGUAUGUUGCUUGAAGAGCCUUCGGAAAUUAGGGAUGUAGUUCAAGUUCAUUUUAUGAGGCUAUUUUCGGAAGAUUGGAAAGUCUGUCCCAAAUUGUCUGGCCCUUUUAAAAGUAUAGGAGGAGCUCAAAUUGUGGCACAAUUGGAGGCAGGUUUUACAGAGGAGGAGAUCCAAAAUGCUAUAAAGUGUUGUUAUGGUAAUAAGGCUCCUGGGCCUGAUGGGUUCAACAUGUCCUUCUUUAAGAAAUGUUGGCAAAUAGUGCGGGUUGAUGUGUUAUAG